AAUCAUAGAAAGCAUUAUCACAGCCUUUCUCAAAACGUGGAUGCACACUGGAAUAACCUCUGCCUUACCUGCUUAAGGAAAAUAACCAACCAGACAAUCCAGCCUCACUACUCUUUCUCACCUUCUGUCGGGUCAGGAGGUGGCACCUCAUUUGCUAUCACUGGAGAAGAUAGGAUCACAGCUGUAAGGGUCUGGGAUACCUACAGUGGCCACAUCAUAGGCAUUCAGUUCCGCUAUGGCUUCGUCUGGUCUUCCAUUGCUGGUUUCUCAUAUGGCGACUUACAUGAGCUUGAUCUGUUUGAUGAUGAAGCCAUCAUCCAGAUCUCUGGGAAAUAUUCUCACUAUGUGCAGUCAGUAGUGUUCAACACCAACAUGGGCCGCUCCCUGUUUGCAGGCCAGCCUGCUGGUACUUCUUUCAACAUGUAUCCCGAAAACAGUCAGGCCGAGCUGCGCUUUGUCAGUGGCCGUGUGCACGGAGGGAUCACUUCACUUGGGGCACACUGGGCUGUUUUUGAUCCAAACUACAACAACACUGAGCACUGAGGAGAGUAGCAGAGAAGUUUAUUGUCAUCAUCUGGGUGUUAACGAGAGAGCUCCUUUGCUGCUCAGGUUCUAAAUAAAGGGAAAUGUUGGCCUUUUAGUUUGUGUUUUCAGGAGUAUUUUUGGGAGUUUUUGAAGUAUCAAAAUUUAUGAAGUACCAACAUGCAAUUGAGUUGUAAUUGAUAAUUUCCUUCUUAACUGAAUCAAGUAAUAAAGUUUGUGGUUUUAUCUCUCCACAGUUCAUGUAACAAUUUAAUGACUUGCACGUAAAUCAUGCCAUUGCAGUUUUGCAAAUUCUUCUUUAUAAGCUAUGUAAUAAUCUACAAUAGUUCCCAAUUUUGUAUGGUUGAUUUUUUAUACAAUAACAACUGCGCAUCAUAAUUUUGUAAGGGAUAUAUAAUAUCCAUCCAUCCAUCAAUUCGCUUCCGCUUAUUCUUUUUCAGGGUUGCGGGGGGUGCUGGAGCCUAUCCCAGCUAGUAUAGGGCGAGAGGGAUAUAUGUAGAAAAUUUAAUUACAUGUAAACUUAAUGUGCUUAACACAGAACAUAAAAAAUUAAAAACCUGUGUUGGUUUAGAACACAUUAAGGCAGUGAAAGCUGCAUACAAGGAACAAGGAACAUUUCUUCAAAAAAAUGUUUUCCUAAUGCCAAGACGCGUAGACUGGUAAGGUACGAACACGACGUGAAAAGACUCGUGUUCCUUCUUUCAGUUCCAGUUUGUGACAGACAAAGCAAAACAAUAGAAUAGAACAGCCACUUCAUUGUCAUUCAGAACUCAGUUAGUGCACAUCAGAACAAAAUUCUGGUGCAUUUACUUUCCAUUUAUAAAAAUAAAAACAUCUCAAGACUCAAACGAGUUUCAGGUAUUUUCCCAAUAGAAAUAUGACCCAGACGAAACACUAAGAGAUGCAGAACAUAGAAAUAUUUAUUGCCAGAUGCAAACUUAACCCAACUGAGGUCUGCAGAAUAACCGAAAUGCAGGCAGGACCAGAGUCUGCAAGUGAGAAAGAUACACUGAGCAGUUGGAGCCACAGGUGUCUUCUUCAUUUAAACAAAAAUAUAAACAUGGUUAUCACAAAUCAGAUGAAUAUUUUACAAAAUGUGAUAAAAUGUUAACAAUAAAUCGAAAUCUAAAGUUAUCUAUUGUAUGUACAUGUAAGAAUCUUUGAAAUAUUUGUCUGAAUACACUAUCAUCAGUAAGGAAAUACUGUACAGAAUAUUACGAAGUAACUAUGUUGCAAUGCAACAUGCAACACGAUAUAAACUGAAUCAAUGAUUCCUUGGUCCAAUUUAAAUGUGUGCACAAUGCUUUUGUAACAUUUACUGCUGAGGCAGGACAUCACGAAAAGCUACUGAAAACGCCGAAGCUUUGCAGAUAUUAGUACACUCUUAAAACUUAACAUGUAGGUUUUUGCUUUUUUCAACAUUUACACUGUAUAAAAAUUAAUCUUUCACUUCUGGGUGAAAACAAACUAAUAUAAAAUGAAUAUGUGAUUAA